UCAGCAGCCGGUCGGGGGCGGUGGAAGAACGAGUGAGGAGAGCGCGACGGCUGUGGCGGAGCCAUCGCUGGACAAUCUGGGAGAAAGCGAGGCCGUAGCCUCUGCAUCUAGCACCCAUGCUGGAUGCUCUUCUCGAGCAGAUCUGGAUAUGCCUGGGAACCAAAGUUUAUACAGGAAGUAAGACUGUCAUGAGUGGCUCUGCUGUUUUGAUCAGAAUGGUUUCAAUCCCAGAAUACUAUGAAGGCAAGAAUGUCCUCCUCACUGGAGCAACUGGUUUCCUAGGGAAGGUACUCCUGGAAAAGUUGCUGAGGUCUUGUCCUAAGGUGAAUUCAGUGUAUGUUUUGGUGAGGCAGAAAUCUGGACAGACACCCCAAGAACGAGUAGAAGAAGUUCUAAGUAGCAAGCUCUUUGACAGAUUGAGAGAUGAAAAUCCAGAUUUUAAGCAGAAAAUUAUAGCAAUCAACAGUGAACUCACUCAACCUAAACUGGCUCUUAGUGAAGAAGACAAAGAGGUCAUCAUAGAUUCUACCAAUAUUAUAUUCCACUGUGCAGCUACAGUAAGGUUUAAUGAAACUUUAAGAGAUGCUGUUCAGUUAAAUGUGAUUGCUACAAGACAGCUUAUUCUUCUUGCACAACAAAUGAAGAAUCUGGAAGUAUUCAUGCAUGUGUCAACAGCAUAUGCCUAUUGUAAUCGAAAGCAUAUUGAUGAAAUAGUCUAUCCACCUCCUGUGGAUCCCAAGAAACUGAUCGAUUCUUUAGAGUGGAUGGAUGAUGGCCUAGUAAAUGAUAUCACGCCAAAAUUGAUAGGAGACAGACCUAAUACAUACAUAUACACGAAAGCAUUGGCAGAAUAUGUUGUACAACAAGAAGGAGCUAAGCUAAAUGUAGCAAUUGUAAGGCCAUCUAUUGUUGGUGCCAGUUGGAAAGAACCUUAUCCAGGAUGGAUUGAUAACUUUAAUGGACCAAGUGGUCUCUUUAUUGCGGCAGGGAAAGGAAUUCUUCGAACAAUGCGUGCCUCCAACAGUGCCCUUGCAGAUCUUGUUCCUGUAGAUGUAGUUAUCAACACGAGUCUUGCAGCAGCCUGGUAUUCCGGAGUUAAUAGGUAUAUGAGACCAAGAAACAUCAUGGUGUAUAACUGUACCACAGGCAGCACUAAUCCUUUCCACUGGGGUGAAGUUGAAUACCAUGUAAUUUCCACUUUCAAGAGGAAUCCUCUCGAACAGGCCUUCAGACGGCCCAAUGUAAAUCUAACCUCCAAUCACCUUUUAUAUCAUUACUGGAUUGCUGUAAGCCAUAAGGCCCCAGCAUUCCUGUAUGAUAUCUACCUCAGGAUGACUGGAAGAAGCCCAAGGAUGAUGAAAGCAAUAACUCGUCUUCACAGAGCUAUGGUGUUUCUUGAGUAUUUCACAAGUAAUUCUUGGGUUUGGAAUACUGACAAUGUCACUAUGUUAAUGAAUCAGCUGAACCCUGAAGAUAAAAAGACCUUUAAUAUUGAUGUACGGCAAUUACAUUGGGCAGAAUAUAUAGAGAACUACUGCAUGGGAACUAAGAAGUAUGUAUUGAAUGAAGAAAUGUCUGGUCUCCCUGCAGCUAGAAAACAUCUGAACAAGUUGAGAAACAUACGUUACGGUUUUAAUACAAUCCUUGUGAUCCUGAUCUGGCGCAUUUUUAUUGCAAGAUCACAAAUGGCAAGAAACAUCUGGUACUUUGUGGUUAGUCUAUGUUACAAGUUUCUGUCAUACUUCAGAGCGUCCAGCACUAUGAGAUACUGAAGUCAAGAAUAUAGCAUUAGAACAUCUAUGCAUUUGGUGGUCUAAAUGCACAAAAUGUAAAAUGUAUUAAGUCAUCUCACUUUUGUCAAGACAUUAAACCAUCUUAGAUCGGAGUGUGAAGUAAAUUAUGGUACAUCGUAUGUAACAUUUUAAUGUUUAUGCUCAAAAAACCUAGUUAACACACUGUGGUAUACCAGUUCAAAUCUACAACAGCCACCAAAACCAUGGCUUAACAUUUUGAAACCUGAAUAAAAGGAAUGGGGAUGAGAGAAGGAGCGGGGAAAUAGGAACACUGACCAGUUUAACUGUGCAAUUCUGGAACAUUAAUGAAAAUAUGCCUUAACAUGUAGUAAAUUUCUAAUUCUAAUAUUUACUGGAAAGGAAAGAAUUUAUUUGGACAGAAAUAAUAGCUAAGUUGAUAGAUAUUUAAUUCUUUAGUGUUUGAUUUUUUUCCCAUCAGUUGAAGUGGGUUUUAGUUUUGUUAAAAUUAUAGCCACACUAUUUUCACAUCAUCCUAUAAGUUAUUGAGUGUUUCAGACAUGAAAGAUAUGUGCUCAUUUUUCUUUCUGUUUAGAAUCUGAUGCAUAUAAUUUUUCUAUAAAUAAGUUGUUUUCAUAAUCAAAAGUCUACAUAUUAUUUUGAAGACUAUGGGAUCUUAACUGGGUUUGAGAAUCCUUAUCAACCUAUGCUAUGUUUUUUGAAGGAAAAUGAAAGUGAAUUCAGUAAGACUAGAAUCAAAAAAGAAUGGAAAUACGUUUUUCUUGUCCACAUUUUGACCAAAUAAAAAUCCUGUGAGAUUUUGUUCAUGUUUUUGAAGCUGGAGAAUUUAUGAUUUGCCAGGGGAGGGGGUUAGGGAUUCACCAUACUUGUUCUCUCCUCCUUUUAUAUAAUCUUAUUACUAGGAAUUAGAAAGACUUAUACUGUCUUUCCAGUAAAAUCUGAAAGUGCAUUAUUACAGAAGAAUGUAUUUGUAGGUAGCCAUAGCAUUAAGGAAAUGUUCUCAUGUGUAAACACAUAACUAAUUUUUGACUUUGAGAGCUGAAAAUUCCUUCAAGAAAAAUAAAAUAAUACAUGUGUAUAAAAUUAGACUUUAUUUACAUGCCACAAACAUGCCACAAAGUAGCAAAUGGUUGAAUGAGUUUAAGGACCAUUUUUUCUCAGCAUGUAGUUUUAGACUUAGAGAAAAAUACAUUAUAGAAACAAUACCCAGAAAUUAAUGUAUAGUUUAAAAACACAUUAUAAUUCCCUUUAAUCCUUAAUAGUUAACUCUCUAUACUGUUUCAGUAUACAGUUGGUUUAAUAAAUUAAUCAAUAUAACAUGUUUUAAUUUAGCUCAUCAAAUGUACUAUAUUUAAAUCAACAAUGUUAUCUUGAAUAUAUUUAAUGAGGUCAGUUCACAAUACAACAAGUUACAUCUCAGUUUUCUUUGUCAAGUUAAAUGCAAUGUAUUGAAGUUUAUUUUGUUAUUAUUAAAAAACUAAAAGAGGAAAUCACCUUCUUUUGUGUAGGUGGGAAAUCUUGGUAAGGAAAAAUGCUUCCAUUGUUGAAGCCAGAUUUUCUGUAGUAAAACUUUUAAACAUUAUUUUAAAAGAAAUAUGUAUAUAAACACACACACACACACACACACACACACACACAUAUAUAUAUUUUUCCCCCUUUGGGACGAUUCUAACAUGUCUGGUCUAGGACCAUACCUUGUAUAAAGUAUGAGAGACCAUGGCAAGUGUCAAAAAAUGGAAUGAGUGAUGCCUUUCCUUUAAAGUGGCCCAUGUAAUUAAUUACUAAUGCUCUCUACAUUGAAUAUUCUUUCUCUUCCAACACAUUUUCAAAUGUGUUGAAAGCAUGCUCUGAUUUUUAUACAUCUGCCAGGUAUAAUUAGAAUCAGAUGAGUUGCCUUUGUGUCUUGUGAAAGAAUCAGGUAUUGCGGCAGACACAUGAAGUAGAUUGGAAGUAUAAUGUCUUCUGAAUUGUGUCUUUGUCCUUGUAACUUAACUUAGAGAAAUGCUAACUGGGAAGGCACUGAGGUUACAGCAUUGUGUGUGUGUGUGUGUGUGUGUGUGUGUGUGUGUGUUUAGAAUUCUGUUGAAAAGAAAGCUAAUAAUGAAUAACUUAAUAUAUCAUUCUGGAACUUCAAGUUCCAAAAUUAGUAUAAAAGGUAUAAGAUUGUUAAUCCCCAUGAACUCGACUUUAAGCUUGACUCAAAUUUAAAGAUUUUGGAAUUUAUUUCUGUUUGUGUCAUUACUAAAUCUGAAUUUAGCUCUGUUUGAUUAUAUUUUCUACACAAACAGCAUAGAUUACUAAAUAUUUCUUUUAACUCAUUUGAUAGUUACAUUGUAUAACACAUUUGUUUUUUUCCCCCUUUUCACUCUUGAUUCUUAUGCCUCUACCGAUCAUGACAUCAUUGUGAGCAUAUUUAAAUUUGACUUGACAAGAUUAAGAUGUUCUGAAGCUCAACACAGAGGCAUGGCAGUGUGUUUUUUGACUAAAGGAUGGUUAGAAAUAAACAUUCUUUGAAUUUGUGUAAUAAGAUUUGGAAGCAGAGAGAAAAAAUUCUUAUUUUUAGUGUGUAUGUUUGUCAGAACUGGUUCAGGGUUUUUUGCUUUUUGUUUUAAAUGUAAAUUGAUAAUCUUUUAUAAGAAGUAAAUAGAAGCAUUAUUGGGUGCCUUUUGUUUGUAAACCAAAAAGUAAUAAAUGAAUCCCUAUACUUACA